AUGGCCUUAUUAAAGGACGAUACUGCAUUCACACAUGUAAUAGCAAUAGAUUUUGGGACAGGAGCAUCAGGGUAUAAAUAAAUUAAAUUUAGAUUUGGAUUAGCUCCAAAAGUUUUAGACAAAGAAGGUAAACCAAGAAUUGAGGUAUUUAAUCCUUGUGAUGAUUCAGAUGAUUAAAAAACUCCAACUGCAAUAUUAUUUGAUAAUAAUGGUUAAUUUAUUGAAUUUGGAUCUUAAGCAUUAUAAAAAUAUGCUAGUUUAUUAGAUGAUGGAGAUACAGCUUAUUUAUUUUAAAAUGUAGUUUAAGAUGUAAAUUUAUUAGUAUAAAAUGCAUUUAUAUCAUAUGCACAAUAAUGCUAGAUCAUUAGACAAUAGAGAAUUACCAUUAAUGUUAUUAAUUAAGGAGACUCUCAAGUAUAUAAGCAAUAAAGCAAUACAAAAAUUAAAGGAAUAAGUAGGGAAAGUGAUAUCAACAAAAAUUAGAUGGGUUUUGACUGUUCCAGCCUUAUGGAGUGAAGAACAUAAAUAAUUUAUGAGAAAAGCAGCAGUAGAAGCAGGAAUUGUUGAAAAUCUUAAUUCUUCAAAUUUAUUAUUAUGUUUAGAACCAGAAGGAGCAUCAAUUUAGUGUAGAGAAGAUGCUGAAUAAACAUUAAAAGAAUAAAUGGCAAAAAAUUCUGUAGUUAUGGUACUUGAUUGUGGUGGUGGCACAGUUGAUAUUACAGUUCAUAAGUUAUUAUGUGAAUCUAAUGAAAAGUUUUUAUGUAAUGAACUGAUUCCAUCUUCAGGAGGAUGUGAAUGGGGAUCAAAAUAUGUAGAUUUAUAUUUUGAAGAAUUUUUAAAAGAAUUUUUAGGAGAUAAAUUAUUUGAAUGUUAUUAAUAGAAUGCAAUAGCAAGAUUAGAUAUAUUAAGAGAUUUUGAAAUUUUAAAAAGAAAAUUUAAAGGAAAUAAGGAUGAAAGAUGUAUGAUAAAAUUUUCAUAUUUGGGUGAUGAUUUAAAUACUGCAAAAUUGACAUAAUUAGUUAAGGAGCAUAAUUAAAAACAUGCUGCAGAAUAUUAAGUUAAAUUAAAAGGUCUUUCUAAUGUAGAAAUACCUUCAGCUUUAAUGGGAUCAUUUUUUUAGACUUUAUUUGAGAAUAUAAAAAAUAAAGUAGGUUAAUUAUUACAGUAAGUUGAAUAGAAAAAAGAGAAAGUGAAUUUUAUAUUUAUGGUAGGUGGAUUUAGUGAAUCUCCAUAUUUGAAAUCUGAAAUAAUAAAAAGAUUUGAAAAUAAUGCAAUUUAAAUAUUAGUUCCUAGACGUCCUUAAGUAUCUGUAAUAAGAGGAGCAUGUUUAUUUGGUUUAAGUCCAAGAUCAAUAACAAGUAGAAUAGCCAAAAAGACUUAUGGAAUCAACACAUUAACAACUUUUGAUGCAGAAAGACAUCCUAUAAAAAAAAAAGUAAUUAUUGAAGGAGAGGAAUUUAGUGAAGAUGUAUUUGAUGCUUUUGUAAGAAAAGGAGAUGCUGUUGGGUAUUAUUAUAAUAAUAAUUAUUUAGUUGUGAUGAAGUACAUACAAAAAUAUAUUGUCCAGUUAGAUCAAGAUAGACUAUAAUGAGGAUAAUCUUUUAUGUAACUGAGAAAAGAGAGGUUGAAUUUGUUGAUGAAUAAGGUGUAUAAUAAUUAGGAGAAUUGUGUAUUGAUAUUGGAAAACCACUUUAAUCUGUUGAAGAUAAAACUGUUAAAGUUACACUUCUUUUUGGUAAUACUUGUAUUUAUGCUACUGCUACCAAUAAAGAUGGAACUGAAAUUAAAAAUUGUGAAUUCAAAUUCGAAUGUGGAUAAUGA